AUGAAUGUCAACGACACAUCAGAUCUAUCUUUAAGCUCAAAAAAUAAAUUUGAUUUGAAUCAAUUCUUGGUUUAUUCACUUAAUCCACUGAGCGAUGAUAAUCAGAAAUUUGAAAUUGGUCCUGCUACCGCCCAAGAAAAAAAUGAUACUUCAAUUAUUUAUCUUUCACGACCCAAUAAUUCUGGUUCCAAUAGAUCAACAUAUUCUACUCAGGCCCCAGAAGUUACCAAUUCAUUAGACACCAAAAGUGUAAAUACGAAUCUGUAUCAUCCAUCGUUAAACUUCCCAAGUAAAGAUAUUGAUCAAUUGUCAUACACCACAACUUCAUCACUCAGUCAAGCUAGAUCCAAUUCAGUGUCUACAGCAAUCACAACACUAACCACUGCAUCGUCUUGUAAAUCACAUAUAUCACCAAGUAUAGCUGAAACUGUAAAUGUUGACGUUAAUCAAUUUCCUCACAAUCAUCAGUUGGAACAAAUUGCUACCUUUCAAGAACAAACAACUGUAUGUUGGUCCUCUGACAAAAUACAUUUUUUAGAUCCACUUUUGAUUCAAGAUAUUGAUAAUAUUACUACUAAUUCUUUGACUCAUCAAGAAAAGAUUAAUGCUAUUGGUGCUGAUUAUAGUCAUAGAUUUAUUGCUUUUGCUAGCUCACCACCACCACCUCAACAACAACUCCAACUGCAACUGCAACCGCCGCCACCACCACCACCGGUACCCCAACUUCAAGACCAAGAUGAAAUUCAACUAAAUACUGAUACAAAACAAAGUAGUGAUACAUUAACCCAGGAAGACUUUGAUUUCAACAAACUGGAAUUGUUAAAUAAUCAAACAAUGGAGAUUGCUAUAGAGUAUCAAACCUCAGCCCAUCAUUUAAUAGAAUAUGCAAGUUCCAGUAGCAAUGUACUUUUGGGAUAUCUGGAAAUUGAUGUUGAUGUUGAUGUUGAUGUUGCAGUUCCUGAAAAUGAAAGAUCAAGUUUACAGCCUGCUUUUGAUUAUAAGAAAGGUUGUCCCUUGUCAAGAGAUAGUGACAGUACUUGUGACGAGCUUGAAAGUUUGGAAAGUUCAUCUAAUUUUAUCUAUGUUGAAGAAUGUAAUUCAUUGAAUCCUCCUGAAGUAUCGUCGUCGCCAACAAAAAAGUAUAUAUUACAAAGCAAUAUUCCAUCUUCACCUAUUGUUGCAGGAAGAAGAACCAACAUUUUGGAAAACCAAUUUUUAGAAACGAAA